UCUUUGUGGGGCCUACAUUAUCGCGGAAGUUGACAUAGAAGGGACCGCUUGGGAUUCCUCAGGGGCAUAUACCAAUGACACGCGGUAACCAGCGUGACCUGGCGCGGGCCAAGGCGCAAAAGAAGCAGGCCGACGCAAACAAGGGCAAGAGAGCUGAUGGGCUUAGCGUUGAGCAGCGCAAGGCUCGGGACGCCGAAAUUGUAAAACAGAAGCAGAUGGCUAAGGAGGCGGAGAAGGCUGCAGGCGGCGGUACGGGAGGGGGAGGGAAGAAGUGAUUUGCUCUCAGAGGGACGUCACUGUUUUCACAUUGGACGACGACAUAGAAAUGAAUACAGUCUCAAUCUUCACGAAUGAAGAGGCCAGCCGCGCCCAUGCC